GGCUUGAGGCACAGGCUGGACAAGCUCUGUGUGGCCAUGGAUGUGGCAGUUCAGCCCGAGCUGGGGGUGGAGGAGGAGGCUCCAUGUGAAGAAUCCCCUCUUUUAUCCAGCAGGGUGACCCUGAAUAAAAACCCUGUGACCUGCAAUGAGUUCCUGCACCUCAUCCCCGAGGGCCCACCCGAGGCCAUGGCCCAGCAGCUCCUGGUGAUUUUCAGUGGAUGCUACGUCCGGCUCCUGGUGACGGGCCGGCUCCCUCGGGCCGGGCCAGGGACACACCUGGGCCACAGCAGCAUCCCCUGCCUCUGCCAGUUCAUCCAGACCACCGUGCUCCACACCCACCACAGCUGGGGCAGGUGACCAGAGGGGGCUGGAAAACACCCAAAUAGAGCUGUCCCCACACACACCGGUGUGGAGAAGCUGUGGGGCAGAGAAGGGAGCUGUAAUUCCUUGCCCUGGAUGGAUGAGAGGAAAUAGGACUCCAAUAAAACAUGCAAGAAAGCUGCUGA